AGAGCAGGGUAGGGGGAAGGGACGCUGUGAGGCAGACCCUGAAAGGAAGACAUGUGACCAGAUUUGAGGCGGGCAGGUCGGGAGAUGAGUCAGGGGGCUCUGUCUGUUGAGUGUUGGCUGCCAGAUUCAGCCUUCACCUACCCUGUGGCCUGGGCUUCCUUGUCCCUGGUUUUCCCCUUACCUGGCCUAGGGCCAAGAGUGGCUGGCUGCCAGUGACCUGGAGAGUCCCAAGGAUGAUGUGACCACUCCCCUCCCCCUCCCCUGGGUGUAACACAAACCCCUGUCCCUGCGAGGUCUGUGCCUGGCCAGGUCAGGCGGGUGGAUCAGUUUCCUGGGCUCCUUUUCCAGGCGGGAAGCCCGGGCUGCCUACAGGGAGAGGGUCUUCCGUGUGACCUGGAACUUGCCACAGGCAGUGUGUCUCCCGGAGGGUUGGCAUCACAUAGGUUGGGGCUCCUCUGCCUGCCAGUGCCCUAGGACAGUGGCUGGGCUCUCUAAGUCCCAUGAGCCAUCCUUGGACCUCAGAGGCUGUACAUGGCCUGUGUCCAGGUCCCAUGAACACUGUUUCUAUCACCUUUACAACCCUGAAAGCAGGCCUCUGGGGCACACCCUGGAGCUUCCUCAUUCAGCAACAGUCCCUUCGGUUGUGUAAUUUGAAUCCUGAAUCCUGUUGUUCCAACUUGUCCACUGGCUGGGGGCUUCUCCAGAGGCAGCCGCAGUCUGGCCAGGGGGCUGGGCAGCACCACUGACGUUGCUUUGUUUUGUUUUUUGGCACUUCCCACUGACUGGCAGGGGAACCACUCUCUCAAUCUCUGCAGUAUGGGGUCCCUGGGGAUGGGGAUCCUUGAGGACAGGGUCCUAUUUCCCUGGUGAGGGCAGUGGCUGGCCCAUGGGGGAGAGAGGAAGAGAGGCUGAACUCUGCUGCCAUGGCCACCUACCCCUUCAGGUCCCCUGCAGCAGCCAGGCAGGCAGAGAUGCCAGAGAUCACCGCAGGGCCUGAUGAUGAAGCUGAGCGGACUGUGCUGGCCCCUGUCCUGCCUCCUCGUGCUGCUGCCCUGGCCUCUGGCCACUGCAACACCAACGACCCCUUGGCAGUGCCCACCUGGGGAGGAGCCCGAUCUGGACCAGGGUCAGGGCACAUUAUGCAGGUCCUGCCCCCCAGGCACCUUCUCCAUCUCCUGGGGCUCCAGCCCAUGCCAGCCUCAUGACCGCUGCAGCCUUCGAAGGAGGCUGGAGGUCCGGGCUGGCACUGCAACCCAGGAUACACUAUGUGGAGGCUGCCAGCCUGGGUGGAUUGGGCCUCGGGGGGUUCCCCACAUUCCAUGUCAACCAUGUUCCUGGGCAUCUCUGAACACUCCUGGCUGUAAUGAGUGGGGGCGGCGGGCCCGACGUGGCGUGGAGGUGGCAGCGGGGUCCAGUGGCGGUGGUGAGACUCAGCAGCCGGGGAACGGCACGCGGGCUGGUGGCCCUGAGGAGACGGCUGCUCAGUAUGCGGUCAUUGCCAUUGUGCCCAUCUUCUGCCUCAUGGGGCUCCUGGGCAUCCUGGUGUGCAACCUGCUCAAGCGGAAGGGCUAUCACUGCACGGCGCACAAGGAGGUCGGGCCCGGCCCUGGAGGUGGAGGCAGUGGGAUCAACCCUGCCUAUAGGACUGAGGAUGCCAAUGAGGACACCAUUGGGGUCCUGGUGCGUCUGAUCACAGAGAAGAAAGAGAAUGCGGCGGCCCUGGAGGAGCUGCUGAAAGAAUACCACAGCAAACAGCUGGUGCAGACAAGCCACAGGCCUGUGCCCAGGCUGCCGCCGGCCUCCCCCAGUAUGCCACAUGUCUGCCCUCAUCGCCACCACCUCCACACCGUGCAAGGCCUAGCUUCACUCUCUGGCCCCUGCUGCUCCCGUUGUAGCCAGAAGAAGUGGCCCGAGGUACUGCUGUCCCCUGAGGCUGCAGCUGCUACUACUCCUGCUCCCAGCCUUCUGUCCAACCCAGCCAGGGCUUCCAAGGCUGGGGCCAAGACAGGACGUCAGGGCGAGAUCACCAUCUUGUCUGUGGGCAGGUUCCGUGUGGCUCGAAUUCCUGAGCAGCGGACGAGUUCAGCAGCGUCUGAGGUGAAGACCAUCACAGAGGCUGGGCCUUCGGGGGGUGAUCUCCCUGACUCCCCACAACCUGGCCUCCUGCCAGAGCAGCAAGCACUGCUGGGAAGUGGUGGGAGCCAUACGAAGUGGUUGAAGCCCCCAGCAGAGAACAAAGCUGAGGAGAACCGCUAUGUGGUCCGGUUAAGUGAGAGCAACCUGGUUAUCUGAGGGGCUGCCUACUCUGAGGACACUCAAACCUGCCUUGGGAGGUUCUGAAGGCUUCCUGGAUGAGGAAGAGCUACAGCUGGGACUGUGAGGACCAAGAAGCGAUGGCCCAGCAGGCAAAACAGCAAAGGCCAAGGCCUGGAGGUGGGACCGUCCGCCCCAGUGAGGAGGCAGGCAGUUGGCGGGCACUGUGUGCAGGAGCAGAUUGAGAGCCUGGCCCCUGACCCUGCUGCCCCAGUUUCUCCCCUGCAGGAUGCCCUAACCCUGUGCGUGCCCUGGCCACAUCCUAGGAGCCGAGAGUUCUCUGUACCACCAGAGGUCUAGGCUUGGCAGAGAGGUGGCGCCUGUACUUGGUGCCCCAGUCCCACACUUUGGUGACUAGCUACCCUGCCCCUGUACAGGGCCCUAGAGCAAAUGUGUUUCUUCCUCCUUUUCUAGCAGGUUCUGUAAAAGGAAGGGGCAAUAUAAAAGCCCUGGGCUGGGAGGCCAAGUUCCUGGGAUCUAAUCCUGGGCACAUCCCUGGCCAUCACUGGUCCCAGUUUAUCUGUGAAAUAGGAGAGAAUCACGCCUCAGUGCCCAGGACCUCUCCAGCUCCUUGGAGGUUCUGGGAUGGGUCCUGUGGAGGGGGUGCUUGACUCUGCCACCUCUCCCAUUAGUAGCUUUAUCUGGCCCAUUUUUGCUGCUUCCGGGGCCUUUGCCUUCAAGGCCCCCAUGGGGCUGCCCAUCCACAGCUCUGCCUACAGAAGAGGUUUACUGCAUGUGCCUGCCCUACUUCGCUGUUUUUAAUGAAACUGAAAAAUGACUUGACCUGGGCGAAGCUGAAGUGCAGAGCCCCAACCCACCCUGCCACCCCCCAGAUCUCUGGAACUUCGGGGAGAGGACCACUGGCUGGGCUGAAGAGCACUUCUGGCAUCAGUGGUUUCUGUGUCCCUGUGGUGCAGCAUGUCUGCCCCCAGCCCUGGACAGCGCAGGUGACUGCUGGCCCAGCCCUGUCUGUCUCCACUCGGGCUCAGCCACCUCGUUAUUUAUGUGGGGCCGUGCAGGCGCAGGCCCACUGCCUGUCCCCGUUUCUCUUAUUUAUUAAAACUUGCUGUUGUCCUAUCUUUGCAUCUCCAUCCCCAUCCACUUGUCGAAGAAUAAAAGGUGAGAAAGUGGUGUA